ACCAGUAGCAAAUUUCUGUGUGAAAAAAAAAUUGAUGUAAACAGAGUUGUGAAAAGUGUAUAUAUCACCAAACAGACGUCAACAGUAUAUAAAUCAUCAAAAUGUCUGAUCAGAUUCCAGUAGAUAAUCAAGAUGUCAUCUUUGAUAGUGCUGAAAGUAUCACUGGUACUUCAGAAACAACCAAUACCGAUGUUGGAUUGAUUGAAUCCAGUAGACUUGAAGAAAUGGAAAAGGAAGCUCAAAGAUUAAGAGAUCUACAUUCACAAUUAAACAGUGAUAGCACUGAUGGGGCUCCACAAACUGAUGAAGAGAAAAGAGAUAUUGAUUCAAGAUCGAUUUAUAUUGGUAAUGUUGAUUAUGGAUCAACUCCAUUAGAAUUGCAACAACAUUUUUCAAAUGCUGGUAUAGUUAAUAGAGUUACUAUUUUAAUGAACAAAUUCACAGGUCAACCAAAAGGGUUUGCAUAUUUAGAAUUCUCUGAUAUGGAUGGAGUUAAUAAAGCAGUUGCUACUUUAGAUGGAUCAACUUUCAGAGAUAGAGAAUUAAAAGUUAGUGCUAAAAGAACUAAUAUUCCAGGUUUAAGUACCACAAAUAGAGGUGGAUCUUUCAGAGGUGGUGCAAGAGGCGGUAGAGGUGGUAGAGGUGCCUUCAGAGGUGCUCGUGGUGGUAGAGGAGGAAGAGGUGGUAGAGGAGCCUUCAGAGGUAAUAGAUUUACUCCAUACUAAUUACUAUUAAAUCUGCUUGCUUGAUUGUUUCUCAUGUAUUAUAUAUAUUGUAUAUAUAU